AUGAUCUCACAUCGUGCUUCUCCAAACAGACUCAUACACUUAUUGAUUAGUCGAUGCAGAAACAACGUUACCCAUGACAUAAGAAAGUACACAACCGUUCAGGAUUUUAAAGAAAAAGCGAAAGAAGCAACAAAACCGGCGAUUGUGAGUGAAACACAAUCCAAGAAAAUAAAGAAAAUUGACAACAAUCAGACAUCGUCUACAAUAUACAAGCCACCUGCACUCGGAGUAAAUUCGGCGUAUGAUGAAGCAUUGAAGUAUAUAGUUAAUGAUAAAAAUAAUAAAUACGAGCAGUUGAAAGUACUUGAGGGAACGAUUGCUAAAUGGAUGGCUGCCCCAGAAUCUGAAAAACGCAAUGCAAAGCUGGAAGAGCUUAAGCAAUUGAAAUUUAACUUGCAGGUGUAUGCCGAGAUUAAUGACCCGGAAAUUACACAACUAACGUAUGCUUUAUUAGUCGACAUGUCGAUGCCUGUCUAUAGGUAUAUGCGUGAACAACAAUGGCGACAGGGACCAGUACAAAAACUAUUGGAACGUAUACAUCAAAUGUACGUUGUUCCAGACGUAUUCCCCAGCCUAGAUCCAAAAAUUGAUCUUGAAAUAAAAUUCGAUUCAGUGGUCGAACCGGGAACCUACCAGCUACCUAAAGUAAGCAGAAACGAGCCAACAAUUACUCUUACGAAUUUUCACGAAGAGUCAAGAUAUUAUACACUGGCAAUGGUUGAUCCCGAUAUGCCGAACGUUAAGACGCAAUCAUUCCAGACAGAAUGGCUCUGGUUAAUAGUCAACAUUCCUCUAGAAGCUACGAAAUCGACGAUUGAUGGUGGCAACACAAUCUUGCCUUAUAUUCCACCCCAUCCGCCGAAAGGGACAAAAUACCACCGAUACACUGUAGCUGCCCUUGAGCAGCCCUCCCAGUUUGACGUAAAUCAAGUGAAGGCGGAGAGAGUAAUGAAUGCUCGAGAGUUUGUCAAAGAUUACAAUUUGACCGUCCGUGGUGCAUCAUUUUUCAGAGAAGUGUGGGAUGAGGAUGUAACUAAAAUUUACCAGGAGAUCCUUGGUGUUCGUGAGCCAAUAUAUGGACCACCUCCUAAGGUUAAUCCAUAUUUGGAUGAGACAGGUAGCAGAAUACCCAAAUACGUUAACUUAUAA